UCCUAAAAAAACAUAACCUGAGUCGUGAGGCCAGUUAGGACUUGAUUUUGCCUGUUGAAUUUAACCUACCACCUUGAAGUUUACAGAUUAGAGGACUAGCUGUUUCUGCUGAAGACUCGCGAGCAAACGGUGUAUUAAACAUAACGUCAUACACGAUACAACGUGUGUCAUUACUAUUAAGUUGAGCAUCAACUAUAAAGUUGCGCAUCGUCUCCCACGUACAUGACGUAAGCAUUGCUACUCCUUUAAAAAGCGACACUGCAAGCCAGAAGCCACUACCAGAACCACGAACGACGUCUAACAGUAAGCGCAAUGAUCUGGACUGUACUACUUCUCGUAAAUGGGAUUCUCUUCUUUCUUCUACUUUCAAGCCGUUCGAGGUCAAAGAGAGAGCCACCCUUAGAUAAAGGCUUUAUUCCAUGGUUGGGGCAUGCCCUGGACUUUGGGAAAGAUGCCGCUAAGUUUUUAACACGCAUGAAGAAAAAGCAUGGUGAUAUUUUUACGGUGCGAGUGGCAGGGCACUAUGUCACUGUCCUGUUGGACCCAAACUCAUAUGAUGCGGUCCUCCAGGAUUCUGGCUCUCUGGACUUCUCCCGCUAUGCCCAGGUGUUGAUGGACAGAAUCUUUAAGCUGCGUCUCCCCAACCACAACCCUACAGUGGAGAAGGCCAUUAUGAAGCAGCACUUCCAGGGCAAGAGCCUCACCUACCUGAACAGCACCAUGCAGAGGAACCUCCAGGCCUUACUGACAUCCGAGACGCCCCCGAACCAGAAGGACUGGAAAAGGAACGGGCUGUUCAACUUCUGCUAUGGCCUUUUAUUUCGGGCAGGGUACCUCACGCUUUUUGGAGGGGAGCAAAACAACAAUGGCGCAGAUACCAAGCAGAUCUACAAAGAGUACCGGACAUUUGAUGACCUCUUGACGAAAAUGGCACGGACCACCCUAAAUUCAGGAGAGAAGCGGGUGGCAGGUGGGGCUCGUGAGCGGCUAUGGGAGCUGCUGUCUCCAACGGGCCUCAGCGAGAGCUCCAGCCCGUGGUUGCGCCACUACCGGCAGCACCUGCGGGAGGGGGGCGCCGACACCGACACCCAGACUAAAGCCAUGCUACUCCAGCUUUGGGCUACACAGGGUAACGUGGGGCCUGCAGCGUUCUGGCUCCUGGCGUUCCUGCUGACUACUCCAGAAGCCAUGAAAGCCGUGAGGAGGGAGUUUAACAGGCUCUCACUGAACACCGACACAACACAGGCCCCUACGCUGGACCCCAGACAGCCAACCCCUGUGUUCGACAGCGUCCUUGAGGAGACAUUAAGGCUCACUGCUGCCCCCUUCAUCACCAGGGAGGUACUGCAGAACAAGACCCUGCGCAUGGCCAACGGGCAGGAGUAUGACCUCAGACAGGGCGACCGUGUGUGUCUGUUCCCCUUCGUCAGCCCACAGAUGGACCCCGACAUCUACCUGGAGCCUGAGACAUUCAAGUACGACAGAUUCCUGAAUGGCGACGGGACUCCAAAGAGGGUGUUUUAUAAGGGAGGCCAGCGGCUGAAGUACUACACCAUGCCCUGGGGAGCGGGGAGCAAUGCCUGUGUGGGGAAGCCUUUCGCUAUUGAUGCCAUUAGACAGUUUGUCCAUUUGGUGCUGACUCAUCUGGAGGUGGAGUUGUGUGAGCCAGAGUCGGGGUUGCCAGCUGUGAACACCAGUCGCCACGGAUUUGGGAUGUUGCAGCCUGAAGGGGACUUAUUCAUCAGAUACAGACACAGCAUUGGCAACAAUAUCUUAUAAUGUAUUAUUAAUUAUUAUUUAUUAUUACACAAGUGUUUGGUUUAUGCAGCACUUACAAUUACUGGAUGUAUUUUACAGUAUAAAGAUAUAAUGUUUGUAUUAUAUGAUGUAUCUGUAGAGUGUAUAUAUAUUUUUGUAUUUAACUGGUAUCCAUUAUUUUCCAAGAUGUAUAUUUGCACAUACUUUGUUAUGAAUUGUCUUAUAUUUGUACCUUAUGUAUUUUAUUGACUUCAUUUUGUAUUAAAAAAAAGUAAAUAUUUAAAAGCAGUACUGACUGAGCAUAAUCAUGUACACAGAAAGUUAGCCUUUGCUUUCCCGUCAGAAACUGGAUUAGUUCGUAGCCACAACAAAUAACUGGACUUCAUCUCGAAUAACAUGUCACAGUCAGGUCAAUCUAAUAGGGGACUGUAUUCUUGUUAUGAGAUCUGGGUUGUUACCCGUGGGGGUCUUCUUCAAAUCGUCUAAAGGUAAAUGUUGCAUUCGAGUCUUACGAGAAUUACGCACUGGAAUAACAGACUGUGUGCGCCAUUGUAUUCCAUGGCCUCU